GGGAGAGGAAGGAAUGAAAAUUACCAGAAAUAUGGGGGACUUGAGGCAUUCACUAAAAGAUGAAAUGACCUGUUCUUCUCACUAGAACAAAAUAUGCCUAAUAAAAGCCCCUACAAAAGCGCUUCGGUGUUUGGUUCCAAUUAUCAAACAGUUGGUGGGCACAGACACCUCUCUGUUCCUUCCUCUUUUUCCACUCAAUCUCCUCCCUCUCUCUCUAUUCCCUCUCCUCUGCAACACCUCUCUCUCUUUCUCUCUCUCAUGGGAGAUCCUCCACGUGCACCGGCGCAGAAUUUCUACAGCAUCCUCGGAAUCCCAAAAACUGCAACCCUUACAGAUAUAUGCAAAGCUUACAAAUCCCUUGUCAUGAAAUGGAAUCCCGAUAAGAAUCCGAACAACAAAUCUGAUGCCGAAGUCAAGAUCAAAUCUAUCAAUGAAGCCUAUAGGGUUCUUAGUACGAAGAAGAGAGAAGAAUAUUUUAACAUCGACGACCAAAAAUCGCCGGAAAAUUCGUUUCAUAACCGGAAAGAUGACGAGGUCUUCCCUUCCAGCCCGUCUCUUCUAUCUCGGAAUGCUAGCCGGAGGAGCCACACACCAACGCCGAGUCCAAGAAACUUACCGAAAAGUGCGAGCCGGAGAAGCACAACUCCACCGCCGAGUUUAUCGAGAAGCUCAAGUCGGAGUAGUACUUCGAGCACCCGAGAACAACCAGAUUCUCUAUCGAAAAUUACGAGUCGCCGGAGCACCACGCCGAUCAUUUUUUCGCAGUCGACCGCUCGGAGAAAACCUCAGCCCAUUGAGAAAAUGCUGGAGUGCACGCUUGAGGAGUUGUGCAAUGGUUGCGUGAAAAAGAUCAAAAUUACAAGAGAGGUCAUCUCAAACACCGGGUAUAUACAAAUCUUUCCCCAUCAUUAA